UCGCGCAGGCGCAAUGGCUCCCGCGGCUCGGGCCUGAGAGCGCCGAUCCGGGGAUUGCCGCUUUCCCGGCAUGGUCUGGCCACGCCCCUAGCUACCGCCGGCCAAUGGCAGGGGAAAGGUCCGGUUGCUAGGGAAUGCCCGGCGCCAAGAUGGCGACGGCGGGCCGCGGGGGCCCGGACUCGCUCCAGCGGCGCGGGGAGUCGCCGCGGCAGCCGCCGCUGGACGGUUAUGGUGUCUUCGUAUACCCAAAUUCCUUCUUCCAGUAUGAAGGAGAAUGGAAGGGAGGAAAGAAGCACGGUCACGGGAAGUUGGUGUUUAAGGAUGGCAGUUACUACGAAGGUGAAUUCGUGGACGGAGAGAUCACAGGGCAAGGCUGCCGGCACUGGGCCUGGUCAGGAAACACGUACUCCGGACAGUUUGUUUUGGGAGAGCCCCAAGGACAUGGCGUGAUGACGUAUGGAGCUGGGGGCCGUUACGAAGGGGAGCUCUGCCGAGGCCUCAGGGAAGGGCAGGGGGUCCUGGUGGACCCAGAUGGACAAGUGUACCGGGGCUCCUUCCAUGACAACAAGAGGCACGGCUGGGGGCAGAUGCUCUUUGAGAACGGUGACAAGUAUGAAGGUGACUGGAUCCAGGACUGGCGCCAGGGACACGGGGUGCUGCGCUGUGCUGAUGGCUCCACAUAUGAGGGACAGUGGCAUGGCGACGUGUUCAGUGGGCUGGGCAGCUUGGCCCAUUGCUCUGGGGUUACCUACUGUGGGCUGUGGAUCAACGGCCACCCAGCAGCACCGGCCACAAGGAUUUCGAUUCUGGGCCCAGAGGUGCUGGAGGUGGCCCUCGGCUCUCCCUUCACAGUGCGCGUGCAGCUGCAGCAGGACAACGGGGAGACGGCGGAGGGCGAGAGUGGCCGGGUCCUGCGCAUCUCAGCGGGCGUGCGGCGUGUGCAGCUCCCAGCGCACUCGGAGGUCAGCUUCUUCAGGGCGGACGAGGCCCACCUGGAGAAACCCAUCGAGACUCCACUUGGGUUCCAGUGCCUCUCCUACCCCCUGUCAUGCCCCGCGUCACUGUGGCUGGGGCCCAGAACUGCCACCGCCUCGCUGCCAUCCCAGGGAGAGCCAGACUCUGCGCUGGACGCCGGGGCUGUCCGUGGCCAGGCUGACAGUCCCAGCCACCUGCCUGCCAGGGCAAAGGAGCCCCCGAGUCCUGGAGACCACCGGCGUGCAAUCCAAGGCUGCGCAGAGUUCGCAGAUGUCCUCCUGGGGCCGCACCCGCCUGGCCUCCAGCCCUUCCUAGCUCUGGAUAGCCCCAGCCAGCAGGCCGACAGCAAGCACGGGGACAGCCUGAGCCCAGCGAAGAUGGCGCCUAUCCCCUGCAGCACCAGGCCCGACAGGACUGCAGUGGACCUAGCGUCCGAGCUGUACCCAGGGGAGUAUGUGGUCAUGAUCCAGGACGUGACGUCGCCUCCGUUCCUGGGCCACGCGCUGCCUCCUGCCUUCAAGCACCUGCGCAUCCUGCCAGGGCUCCAGGACCAAGCCUGAGGUGAGCCCCACAGACGGCCCUGGAACAGCCUCCUCCCACAGAGCCCGUGCCACAUUCCCAACAGCUGGGACACGGGGU